AUGGAAGCUGAGGAAUGGUUAAGAACAGUGGAAGGUAUUGUUGAGUACAUGCGGCUCGGUAACGGAGAUAGUGUAGCUUGUGCUGCUAGUUUAUUGAAAAAGGAUGCCCGCAUCUGGUGGGAUGUUAUUAAACAAACACGGGAUGUGGCCGCAAUGACCUGGGCUGACUUUGUACAAGUUUUUAACAAAAAAUACUACAGUGAAGCAAUACGCUCAGCUAGAGUUAAUGAGUUCACGAACCUGAGGCAGGGUAAGUCUACAGUUACAGAGUAUGCUCGCCAAUUUGACAGAUUAGCAAAGUUUGCCACAGAUCUGGUUCCUACUGAGUUUUUGAGGAUUCAUCGUUUUACUGAAGGGCUCGACUCCCGAAUAAGUCGGGACAUAGCGAUGUUAGGAGUAAGGGCAACCACGUAUGCUGAGGUACUGGAAAAAGCCCUAGAAGCUGAGUUGUGUGAAAGUCGUAUACAGAAAGACAAUACAGCAAGGUGGGAGGCCAGAAAGGCCAGUAAUGGAGGUGGUGAUAACAAAAGAAAACUGCCAAGUAACCAACACAACGAAGCCGACAAGAGAAACAAGAUAGGGUCCAAUAACUACAAAGGGAAGAAGCCAUAUGUGGAGUACCCCCUAUGCCCAACAUGUGGUCGUAAGCAUCCGGGAGAAUGUCGGCGAAAGGCAAGACUUGUUACAAGUGUGGGCAACCAUGCCACUAUAAGAAGGACUGUCCACAAAAGGGUGAUCAACUCAAGGAUGACAAACUUGUCCCAGCUCGAGUAUUUGCACUAA